AUGGACUUUUCACCCGAAACAUUGUCCUCGAUUUUAGAAUUGGCGUCAGCACGUCAAUCUGACCUUCUUACGACACCCACGAUCGCGCAUCUCGCAGAUAUUCAAAAUGCACUUGCUACUUUGCCCAAGCAAGUUCCGCUAUCUGGCCUCGGAACUAAACACGCCUUGGACUUUGUGCGCGAGAAUGUUGUACCUGGACUUGCAAUCGGUCAAGCUGGUCCUAGGUACUAUGGCUUCGUGACCGGAGGGGUUUUGCCUGCUGCACAGGCUGGUGACUUCCUCGCAACAAUCUACGACCAAAACUGCGCAAGCAGUCUGGCGGAACAAACCGUCAGCGCCGCAGUAGAAGAUCGAACUCUCGAAAUGGUCCUCGACCUCUUCGGUCUUCCGCGCGACAGGUUUACAGCACGAACUCUAACAACUGGGGCGACCGCAAGCAAUGUCUUGGCAAUGACUUGUGGACGGGACUAUGCUGUCCGGACGGCGACUGGAAACCAAGAGCACUCGGUUGCAGAAGACGGAUUCGCCGGAAUCACUGUUCAAGUUCUCUGUGAUAGGCCACACGCCUCGAUUGUCAAGGCAGCAGCUAUCGUUGGAAUUGGUCGAUCCAACGUGAUUGAUAUUGGAUCGUCGGAUGGCAAGGGAAUCAAUCUGAGUGUUCUAGAGGCAAGACUUUCAGAGUACGCAACUUCCUUUGAACGAGAUCGCAAGGCGGCUUUUGUCGUACUUAGUUUUGGGGAGGUGAACACGGGAGAAUUCAGCCCCAAUGUUGCAGAAGUGCGUAAAAUAUGCGAUAAAUAUAACGUCUGGUUGCAUAUCGAUGCUGCAUUUGGUGCUUUUGCUCGUAUCGUUCCUGAACUCUCGUUCAUGGCCAAAAACCUUGAACUCGCCGAUAGUAUAACCUCCGACGGCCACAAAUGGUUCAACGUUCCCUACGAUUGUGGUCUAUUCUUCUCGCGCUCCCUCUCCCUACAAAAAUCCAUUUUCGGUCCAUCGCCCAAGGCACCUCCACCAGCAUACCUCACUCCCGCGGUAAACCCGAACGCACCUCCCCGCACACCAGAGCUCGAAGCAUCACAUGCUGUUCCAUCGGCCAUAGUCAUCGGCAUCGAGAACUCUCGCCGGUUCCGCGCUCUACCGCUCUUUUGCGCGCUUCUCGCGAUGGGCAAACAGGGAUACUCCGAGCUCAUCUCGAGGAAUGUAGCAUUCGCUCGUCGAAUCGCCGAAUGGAUGCAUACCGGACCGGGGUCUAAAUGGUAUCAAGUCUUGAACGUUGAUACCGGUGCAGUGCCUGAUAAUGUCGAUCUCAACAUUGUUUUGCUCCUCGAUGCUCGUGAAUGCCAUCAACGAGACGAGAAGGAUCUAUGUUACGCCGUCUGUGGUUCUGAUGGAUUGGGCGCUAUUAGGCUUGCCGUAUCGAAUUGGAUGACGGGUCUGGGUGAUGAGUUCGAGGUGGUCACUGGAGUACUGGAAGAGGUUAUCGUGGGUGCUCAGGAUGGUGCUUGA